AUGUUCUUUUCUAUCAUACUCUGCUUCCUCGCCGUUACUGGCAUAGCCCAUAGAGUCCCCGAGAUUCUGGGCUACCAGACUAUAUGGUCGGACAGCUUCGACGGAAGUGCUGGCUCUCUGCCAGAUACUUCCAAAUGGAACAUUCAACAAUGGUAUAAGGAGCUGAACAGCGAUUACCAGGAGUACAAGGCUUCCCCUAACAACGUCCAUGUCACUGGCGAUGGUUUCCUUCGUAUCAUCCCGAGGCGCGACCUCUCUGCUGAAAGGGGUUGGACAUCCGGUCGUAUCGAGAGCACGUACACCUUCACCCCGACACCUGCUACCAAGACCAUUAUCCAAAGUUCCAUCCGUCUUGGUGAUGGCAACCUUGAUAAGAAGCAGGGCAUCUGGCCUGCCUUUUGGCUGCUUGGUGACAGCCACCGCACUGGUGGUCCUUACUGGCCUGAGUGUGGUGAGCUCGACAUCAUGGAGCACGUGAACGGCUAUCUAUCGACCUAUGCCGCUAUUCAUUGUGACAAGGCUCCUGGCGGUAUCUGCAAAGAGAAGGAGGGUAUCUCCGCGUCGGUCCAUCAACCAGAUGCGGGUACGGACUGGCACACUUACAAAGUUGUCAUCGAUCGCACCCCGAGGCGCUGGGAGGACGAGACUAUAGAGUUCUGGGUCGAUGACCAACUCAUUCAACAGGUCACGGGCAAGAGAAUUGGCAAUCCGGACGUUUGGAAGUCUAUUGCCCGCAACAAGAUGUUCAUGAUUUUCAAUGUCGCUGUUGGCGGUGACUGGCCGCAACCGCCACAACGUGAUACCAUAGACGGCCUCGGGGCUGGUAUGGAAGUCGGCUAUGUUGCGCAUUAUGUGAAAGAAAUUUCAGAAGAAGAUACACGCUUCAGGGUCGAACACUAUUAUGAUAAGGAUGAAGACCUUCAGGCUCUAUACCCUGAUCCAACCCCCCCGGAAAACCCAGAUAAAUACUAUGUCCCUCCCCCGCCCGAUUACCCAAAGACGCAUGGCUACCCCAUGGACAGCUACAACUAUCCCCUUGUUCCUCAAGCCCCACCACCUCCGCCUCCUGUUGGCGUGCCCCCUCCUCCUCCUGUUGGCAUGCCCCCCCCUCCUCCUGUUGGCAUGCCCCCUCCUCCUCCUGUUGGCGUGCCCCCUCCUCCUCCCCGUUGGGCUGGGCUGGUCUUUCGGUUCUGGUGUCAUAGAUCUAUGAAGCUCGCCUGA